AUGUCGCAGUGGCAGAACAUCUCGGAAAGACAACGCCUAUCGGUCAUGCUAUCAUUCAUGAAAGGAUCAGCUGGCAAAUGGGCCCAGAGAUAUAUCAGUGAGCUGCCAACACUGACAAUGGCAAAGUUUGACAAAGAAUUCACAAGCAUGUGGGUUCAGGAAGACCAAGAGGGCAAAGCAAUCCGAGACUUGGAAGCCUUAAGACAAGGUUCCUCGUCAGUCCCAGAGUACGCAGCCGCUUUCAAACAAAAGGCUGCACACACAUCAUUUUCCGACUACGACCAAUGCCAGAAGUUCAGGGCGGGACUUCAAGACCACAUCAAAGUGCAACUUGCACACGUACCAUACUCGGGUAAAGACACCCUAAAGAAGUUGGUAGAACACGUGAUCCAAAUUGGACGCAACUUCGAAGAAUUAGAUGCGGACAAGAAGAAGACAACUUGGUGGACCCCGAGACAAGGCCCCAAGACCCCUGAAUACAAGGCUGGUCCUAGUAAAGACAGUGACGCCAUGGACGUUGACUCCGGCAGACAAAGAGGAGCUCCCAAGCCCCAAGGAAAGACUGGAUCUUUCAAAUGUUACCGCUGCGGAGAAGAAGGCCAUAUGGCAAGAAACUGCAAAGGCGCGCCAAAAGCGCAGGUGAAGGCUACUACAGUGCCACAAAAAGAUUCGAUGCCAUCUUGGUUCAAAGAAUGGGCCAAGAAAGAAGGCAAGGAUUUUUAG